AUGCAACCCACGUUGGCCCUCCUGAAGAGAUCGGUGUGGAAGGCACCUGGCAAGAAGGUCCCUCCCAUCAGAACGCAGGCUCGAUCGGCCACUAUUCUGCCCAACUUCGUCGGCCUCAAGUUCCAGGUCUACAAUGGAAGAUAUUUCCUCGAUGUGGUCAUUACGGAGGAUAUGGUAGGACACAAGCUUGGAGAAUUCGCGCCGUGA